UCUGUAUCUUCAAAACUGCUUUAUCCUAUUCUUGAAACUUACAAAGUGUUCAUCACUCCAGUAAACCCUUCACUGCUGAUGCAGGUAGUAGUGUAUGUUAUUGAGAGAUAAUCAUUAAUAAUGAACUCAUCAUCUUCAAACAAUAAUAACUGGCUUUCGUUCCCUCUUUCACCAACUCAUCAUCAAGCCACUACUCAAUAUCAUCAAUUCCCUCUUGGCUUUGUCAACGACACCAUCGAAAACCCUUUCCACAAUCAUGAUUGGAAUAAUGUGAUAAAUGGUGGUGAGAGCAGCAAUAAGAAUGAUCAAGUUCCAAAGGUAGCGGAUUUCCUUGGUGUGAGGAAGGCAGAGGAAGAUUCAUCAUCAUCAGAUCUUGUUGCUCUCACUACACACCUCUUCACCGGUAACAGUGUCUUGCCGUUGCAGCAAAACAACAACUAUGAGGUGGAGGAGCAACAGUUUCAAACAAAUAAUAAUCUGCAAGCACUCACAUUGUCCAUGGGAAGUGGUAGUAAUAAUAGUAAUAAUAAUAAGGAUUCAUCAACAACCAGCUGUGACAAUAACAGCAUUAUUGAAGCCCCACCUUCUAAUAGAAGAACUCUAGAUACCUUUGGCCAGAGAACUUCAAUAUACCGUGGCGUAACAAGACAUAGAUGGACUGGAAGAUAUGAAGCUCAUCUUUGGGAUAAUAGCUGCAGAAGGGAAGGACAAUCAAGGAAAGGUCGCCAAGUGUAUUUGGGUGGAUAUGAUAAAGAAGAUAAAGCAGCUAGGGCUUAUGAUUUGGCUGCAUUGAAGUAUUGGGGGACAUCCACUACUACCAACUUUCCUAUCAGCAACUAUGAGAAGGAAUUGGAUGAUAUGAAACACAUGACAAGACCAGAAUUUGUAGCCGCCAUAAGAAGGAAAAGCAGUGGUUUCUCGAGAGGUGCAUCAAUGUAUCGUGGAGUUACAAGGCAUCACCAACAUGGGAGAUGGCAAGCAAGAAUUGGAAGGGUCGCGGGAAACAAAGAUCUUUACUUAGGAACAUUUAGUACAGAAGAAGAGGCUGCAGAAGCUUAUGACAUAGCAGCCAUAAAGUUCAGAGGCCUUAACGCCGUUACAAACUUCGACAUGAGCCGUUACGACGUCAAAGCCAUUCUUGAAAGCAACGCUCUCCCAAUUGGAGGCGGUGCUGCUAAGAGAUUGAAAGAAGCACAAGCUUUGGAAUCUUCUAGAAAACGAGAACAGUUGCUUGCACUCGGAGCUGGUGCCUCUUCUUCUUCUUCUACUAGGUUCCCUUUCAUGCAGCAGCAUCACCAGUUCAAUCAAGAGCUUCAGAUUCAACCAUUGUUAAACCUACAGAACCACGAGGUUUCUCAUUAUCAAUUCAUGCAGCAGGAUCCUUCUUCCUCUUCUUCUUCUCCUUCUCCUUCUCCUUCUCCUUCAUCGUUGCUUCAUCACAGUUAUCUGCAGACGCAGAUUCAGUUACACCAACAGAAUGCUCAGUUUUACAACAGUUACCUUCAUGGAAUGAUCAACAUUGGUUCUUCUCCUUCUUCUUUUUCGCUCAUGGAUAACAAUAAUAAUAAUAAUAAUAAUAAUAACAUGCUUGGUGGUUUGGCUUCCAAUAAUUCUUCUUCCGAGGAACUUGCGUUGGUUAAGGUUGAUUAUGAUAUGAAUCCUGGCGGUUAUGGCGGUUGGCCAGGAACCACGGAGACAGCGUCGGAGUCUAUGCAGGAACAAAGUGGCGGUGUUUUUACAAUGUGGAAUGAUUAGGGAUGAAGAAAGUGAAACUAAGAACUAACAAGUAGAAGAUGGAUUGUUUUGUUUGUUAAUCUA